CGCAUGCGUAGUGUUUGGGGGCCCGCUCUACUACGAGUUUGAACUUACUGUACUGUAAUCGGUUGGAAUAGAGAAUUUCUUAAAUGAGUGAAACACACAUCAGGCAUGGAUAGGACAUUAGAGAAGGCUGUGAGGGACAACAAAGUUGAUAAGGUGAAAAGUCUUCUGAAAUCAGGGUCAUCGCCUGAUGCGUGUGGUAGUAAUGGACGUCCUGUACUUGUGAUAGCUUGUGAGAACGGCUUCAAUUCCAUUGCACAAAUUCUAUUACAGAAAGGAGCAAAUGUUAACAACGCAACUCUUGGUGGUUGGACUGCUUUAAUGUUUGCAGCAUCUCAUGGUUAUGAUUCACUAAUUGUUAUGUUAUUAUCAGCUAAUGCUGAUGGUAAUCAGAAGAAUAAGGAUGAAUGGACGGCAUUGCAUUUUGCUGCUUUCAACAAUCACUCCGAAAUUGUUCGUAUUUUGUUAGAGAAUGGAUGUGAUAUGAAUGUAGAAGACAAUAUGGGAGAUACUGCACUGCAAUGGGCCGAGAGAGAGAAUAGCAAAGAUGCUGCAGAUGCAAUCAAGUCAUUUGCUAUGGGAGAUACUGCACUGCAAUGGGCCGAGAGAGAGAAUAGCAAAGAUGCUGCAGAUGCAAUCAAGUCAUUUGCUGUGAGAUCACAAAAUUCAAGUCUAUUGUCUUUAUCGGAUAGCAUUCGUACAAGCUCUGUAGCAACAGCAGCAAAUGUUCGUGUCUCUCAACCAGGGACACAAAGAAUGAGGACCACUACACCUACACAACAACCUCCAAGACAAGUGGCUGGAAAAGGAGAUGAACAGUUAGUAGAGCAGCUGAUGCAACAGAUAGAGCAAGUGAGAAAUGAAGGUUCAGCAAAAGAUAGAGAAAUUGCUGAAUUAAAGACAACAUUGAGAGAUGAGAGACUGCAAAGACAAGAUGCAGUUGGUGAAGAGAGAAGAGAGAAAGAAGAGUUACAACAAGAGCUACAACGAUUACAACGAGAAAAUGAAAAUCUUCAGCGACUACUAAACGAAGAGCAAAGAGAAAAAGCCACCAUUGAUGAGCUGCUGUCAGAUGCUGAAAGCGCAAUUGAACGAUACGAGCAAGCAGCAAGAACCGAAGUUCUCAAUAUUCCUUCACAUGACAUUCAGUUGACAGGCACAGAGCUAGGACGUGGAUCCUAUGGAGUUGUUUGUGUUGGAUAUUGGCGUGACUGUCCUGUUGCCGUCAAACUGUUGUAUGAUCAUUUGACUGCUGUUCAACGCAACAUUCAACUUGUGCAACAAGAAGCAUCUGUAGCAUGGAAGAUGCAUCAUCCAAACAUUGCUGCUGUUUGUGGUGUCACUCUGGAGUUAGAAGAGAAGAAGGCAUGGAUUAUCAUGGAAUUACAUAGCGGCUCCAUGUCUGGUGUGAUUGAUGCAUGUCAAGGAGAUGUUGCACCUCUCACUUUACGUGAAAAAGUCGACAUGGCACAUGAUUCUUUGUGUGGACUGGAUUACAUUCACUCGAUGAAACCUAAGGAGAUUCUGCACGGUGAUAUCUGUCCAAGGAACAUCCUGCUUACAGCAACGAUGAGAGCCAAACUGGGUGAUCUAGGAGCUGCUCGUUUUGAAGAUGCUUCACUUUCCGUUGGUCUGCUCAGUCCACAAUACACACCUCCGGAGAGAUUUGAUUUUCCAACUUUACCAAAAAGCAGCAAAACCGACGUGUACAGUAUGGGGGUGACCCUAUGCGAGCUCUUCACUGCUGUUCCUCCAGAUCGUCAAAAAAGGAUAGAUCAAGUCUUACUCAUCCGUCAGAGAAAUGUUCGGGCUUUAUGCAAACACCUGAUGAGAGAUGAUCUUGCCACACGACCAACAGCAACAGAAGCCCGUCAUAUUAUUAGUCGUAUUCGUGAUACAGACGAGUAUAAAGCAUGUCCUCCUAAACGAAUGGUAAAGGGCAAGAUGGAUGGAAUAGCUGAUGUCACUCUCGUUUAGUCCAUUUGGUGAAGUUGACAUUUGAUUGAAGCAUGUGUUUGUUACUUGACACCUUUUAUAUGUUGUUACAACGUAUUCACCUAGCAAUAGCAAUAUCUUUAGCUUCUUGCAUUUUGUUAUUUUAUUGGUCAGACAUCAUCAAACUUAUUAGCAUAUGUUUUACAAUGUGAGCUGUGACGUAUAUGUACCACUUUGUCACGUGACAUAAAAAUUGCUUCAGCAUUUGCACAUUGUAUUGUAAACAAUUCCAAUAUCAACUA